AUGGCUGAAAUCCUUAAUUAUGGGCCGAAGCUGCCCACCAUGGACGAUUUAUUGCAGUUUUUGCGGGCAUACCCGAUGUACCGCAACACGCUGGUAAAAUACAUCGAGCAACAGGAGGGAAGGAACAGGGACACGACGAUAGAAGAUCUGACGGCCAGACUCCUGUUGCUGAACCCCAUGCAACCAUAUGCCGGGGGGCAGCCCAGGAACUUCCUAUCUGCCUGGGCGCUGAAGCGCGAAAGGGAAGAGGCCGUGGCCGGAGUCAUGCAGGAGAUAGUGGUGGAAGUGGCCGAGACGGAACAACCGGCACCCGAGCAACACAACGUGGAGGUUGCACAACUAAAGAAGGAGGAGGUGCCUCAGCCUGAAGAAGUGGCACAGGCGGCAGAAGAGGUACCACAGCUGGCCGAGCGGGUGCCUGCAGAAGGCGACCAAGCGGAUGCGGAGCAUGAUUUUCGCGAGCUGGUGCUGUAA